CUUCUAAGUAGACCAAAUUAACACAAACUUUAGGUUUUUGCAUCACAUUUGGACACUAUUGACGUCAACCUUGAAUUAACGGCUUCCUUCCGUCAAUUACCAGGUUAUGAGCUCCGAUUUCUUCUUUGGCGGAAUAUAACCUUCUUCGCGCACACCGCCAUAGCCAUUUCUUCCAAUCUUCUAUGGCUUCUCUGGCAGAAUACAACGUUCUUCACACCGCCAACUCUUUUGAAAACCCAAACCCAUUUAGGAGCUGCUCUCCCUGGAACCGUCCAGGCUCUCACGGUACGUUCUUCAUCGUAACCAUGAAUUGGGAUGGUGAAUUCUGGGUUAUCUUGUUGUUUUCUAGACUAAAUUUAUUCCUAAUCCUAUUUACGAGCUUGGAUUUUAAGGCAGAAGGAUGUAUCGAGCCCAGAAACUCACAAAAAACGAACUCAAAAUGUGCAAAGAUUGAUGUUCAUGAAGAAAUUGAUUUUUGCCUAUCGAUUUGAAUCUAACCAUUGUUUCUGGAAUCCAAGAGCAGUUUGGGGUGCACCAUUGCAGAUCGAACCCCCCCCCCCCACUGGUACGGUGAUUGUGAAUUGACGUGGGAAGGAGGCUGUCAAUUCGUUGCCUCGAGAUAUGACAUUGCCGAUGAAGAAGGCGUCGAAAUAUGACAUUUGGAAAUGGG